AUGGCAGACUCACACUUCACCAGCAUCUUGGCUACGAUCAGGUCUGGCGAGUUUAGCGAUCUUAAAUUCGUUUGUAACGAUAAGGCGUUCUUUGUUCACAAGAACAUCGUUUGUACGCAAUCUAGUGUCCUGGACAGCACCAUCAAAGUCAGAUUGGCCGAACCAGUGUCUGACACAAUUAGCAUGCACGGCUUUGAGAUACCAACCGUCGAAAGUUUUGUCCAAUUCCUGUACACCGGGGACUAUGCAAACACCAAGCAGGAAGGCCAGGAAGGCUCCCAGCAAGAUGGAAAUGUACGCCCGGAACUUCUGGGCCAUAUUCAUUGCCGUGAGAUUGCGUCCCGCUUUAAGGUGGACAGACUAAUGAAUCCGUCGCGAGCCAAACUUGAAGCACUGAUCGAUAAGCACCAAGACAGUAGUGACCUACGCUCAGCUCUGCCAGCUGCGAUUCGCUUGGCACAUACCGUAUCGACCAGCCAAGACGUCAUGGACUUGCUAUCUGCCUCGGUCGCUCGAAACAUUGACGAGAUCAUGGAUGAUGAUCUUCUCUCCAACAUUAGCGACGUGCCAGAGUUUCUCCUGGCCGUUUUGAAGCAUUCUGCGCGCAAUGCUUCGCAGCUCAAGACCGAGCGCGCCAAGAGAAUGCAGGAACUGAAAGAGCAGGAACAGACAGCUUCAACCAUCCCGGAAGGGUCCCUGAAGCUCCCUCGUGACACGAAGUCAUGGAUAAAUAAUUAUUGCAAAAUGUCUUUCAACGCUGAGUUCACAGAUGCAUUCGAACUGAUCUGCCGAGGGUGCCAUUCCAACCAGGAUCUAGCCAAAAUUCAAAAGCCCAAACCCUCCUCGCCAUUCUUCGGUGCUCCUGCCUCAUCACGUCCACUUCUCUUCGGCUCAAACAAGGGGAUGUUCGGCGGCGCCUGA